AUGGUAACAUCACGAAGGGUAUCUUACAUCUUGCCUUCACCCGAUACGCAACCACCGUUAUUAUCACUUCCUCCUCUUGGACAACAGAGACAAGGACAUCCUUCACCGUUUUUCAUUCCCAAAACAGAUGGGUCAGGAUUCAACACACCUGGUCUAUCACUCGGAUCGAGGAAUCCAUUCCUAUCUCCAAUCAAUGAUGCAUCUCCUUCGCCUCAACCUCAAAAAUCACAUCCGAGACAUUGUUUAGGUAUAACAUCAUUGGCAUUAGAUACAUCGACUGUACUUUCAGAUGCUAAUUCACCCGGAGGUAUACUAUAUACAGGUGGAAGAGAUGGUCUAGUAGCUUCAUGGGAACUGAACAUAACACAUCGCAAAAGGAAAGGAUCAAAAUAUGAAGUAUUACCUGGAAGAGGUUCACAUGUCAAAUGGGAAAGAAUAGGUGAUGGUGCUGAAUUUUUCGAUGAUGAUGAAGAAGACGAUCCAUCACACAACGAAGAAGAUGAGGAUGAACGUUUAAGUAGUGAAGAUGAAACAGAUGGAUGGGUAGGAAUCAAUGGUAAUGGCAAUAAGAAAGGUGAAAUACCUUAUGAACAUAGAUGGGAAAUUGAUAAAAAUGAACUAUCAAGAUCUAGACCUCCCCCUACAACAUUCAGGCAAUCGGCUCAAACUCAUACGGAUUGGGUGAACGCAAUGCUACUUUGUAAUUUAAACCAAACAGUCAUCACAGCUUCUUCAGAUCGAACAAUCAGAGCAUGGAAUCCUCAUGCUUCUUCAGAUGAUCCAGCAAGUUUGUCUCCUUCAUUAGUUGGAAGUCAUAGAGAUUACGUCAGAGCUUUAGCUUGGGCAAAAUAUCCUGGUUUGUUAUUCUCAGGUGCAUUAGAUAGACAUCUUAGUAUAUGGGAUAUUAAAAGUCAAGUUCAUGAACCUGUCUUUAAUAUUGAUUUGACAAAAGUCGACGAUUAUGGUGGCGUCGGAUUGGAAGGUGAAAGAGGUAGUGUAUACGCUUUAGGUGUUGACAACGCGGGUCAAGUCUUAGCGGCCGGCACACCAGAAAGAGUCGUUAGAUUAUGGGAUCCCAGAGCUGGCGAUCACAGUAUCGGAAAACUCAUAGGUCAUACAGAUUGCGUUAGAAGUAUCAUAUUCAGUGAGGAUGGUCGAUACAUGCUCACCGGAAGUUCUGAUACCACUAUCAAAUUGUGGUCCCUUGCUGCUCAUCGAUGUUUGCAUACUUUCAAUCAUCACGAUUCGUCUGUUUGGUCACUCCAUUCCACUCAUCCUAAUCUCGAACGAUUUUACUCUGGUUCUCGUGAUGGAAAUCUAUGUGUGACAGAUCUUGAACAAUGUACGGAUAUAUCCGACGGAGAAUGCGUUGUCCUAGCUCGUGAAGGUGAUUCAAACGAGUCUAAGACUGGCGAUGAAGGAAUCAGAUGUAUAGCUGGAAUGGACGAUGAAUUCGUUUGGACAGCUACUGGAAGUACGGAGAUUAGACGAUGGAGAGAUGUAGGAAGAAGAAUUGAUAGACUCAAUAAAGAAUAUGAUGGGUUGUCAUACAACGCACCAACGGAAAGAAGUCCUCCGACAGAAGUGUCAUUGACCGUACCUUCGACUUUGGGUUCAGCUGUCUCGUCUCAACAACACAAUGGUUUCGACGCUGCUGGACAAGACGGACCUCCAGCGUCUGCUCUUCCUACCACCGUGCGAGAACGAAUCGCCGGUGGCUCCACUCAUCAAAGAGUUAGUAGUAUCUCCGGUUCUUCUAUCGCCAAUUCGGUAACUUCACAAGAUGGAAGAAAUCAACAUGGAUUGAAUGGGAUACCGUAUCAAUCAUUAGUAUGUUUGGGUUUACCUGAUUCUCCUUAUGCUUUUGGAUUCUCGCGUCAAGAUGACCCGUAUAAGGAAGAACCUUCGACUGCAGAUGGUCAAGGAUUGAAUGGAUUACUGAAGCCAGAUGGUGAAGGAUCACCCAAACGGAUCUCCUUUCAAACGGAUCGUGAACCACCUACAGCCAAUUCUGCUAGAAUAGAUUUCGAAGAUAGAGAAGUUGCAUCUGAAGCUAAACCACUUCGAACUACUCCUGACGAAAUCAUAGCCGGACGAAGUGGAUUAGUGAGAUCAUUGAUCCUCAAUGAUCGGCAACAUGUCUUGACUGUCGAUACAGAAGGUGAAGUAGCAGCAUGGAAUAUAAUUCGUGGAGUAUGUGUGGGACGGUUCAGUACCACCGAAGUGGCGGAAGCUUUACAUCUCGAAAGAGGUGAAAACGCACCUAUAGCAGUAAGGAAACACUCUCAAGAAGUACUCGAAAUGGUUAAAGAACGAGUAGAAGGUGAAACUAUGGUAAUCACCUGGUGUCAAGUUGACACUAAGAUUGGAAGUUUGGUGGUUUCUUUAGAAGAAGGAAGAGUCUUCGAUGCUGAAGUGUAUGCGGACGAGUUGGGUAUCGAAGGCUUCGAUGGACAUCGAGAAGAUAUUCGGAUCAACUUGGGGAAAUGGGCGUUGGCUAAUCUGUUCAGAGGAUUGAUCAAAGCUGAAGAACGUGAAGUCACGGAUUUAGCGAUCAACUCAUCUACGCCAAGUACAGUCACAUCAUCUUUACCCGGUAGUGUCCCGAGAUCACCUGUCAUUUCAUUAGCACCCAUUUCGAUUGAGAGACCAACGGAUAUACCACAUCCACAUCGUAAAAGAGCAAUGACAGGAUCAUUCUCAAACCCAAAACCACCUUCUCUCAAUAUACCAGGAUUAGUUUCACCUGCAUCUAGACCAGCUAUAUUGCCCGAAGUAUUUGAUGAAAACCUUUCAAGAAGUUUACCUGAGUCAACAAAUUUCUUUCAAAAUUUCCAAGCUUUAAAAACUCCUGUAUCACCUUCUAUAUCAAAUAAUCAACCUACAUUAUCACCAACAAAUGAAAGAUCAAGUAAUUCAAGAGAUUAUUUCACCUCUAAAAGGAAAGGUGAUCCUUCACCUUCUAGAGAAACUGAUAAAUCACUUCCUACUCCUUCUAUACCGAUCCAAACUCCUUCCACUCCAGGUGCGAAUGCAUCGGACACUGGUGGUAAGAAAGGGUUCAUGGGUAAAAUGAAGGGUUUAGGAAGAAGAAAACAAACUGAAUCUACAAUGAGCCCAGUUAUCGAAAGAGCUAGAACACCAGAAGAUGAUGGCCCCAAAGUGUCAGACCGAGAAGCCGAGCAAUUACACAUAUUGGAUACAGUUCGAUCACAUCGAUUUACACCUCCAGGACCAUCGGAAGCUCCCUUUAUACCUUUACCCCCCUCCACGGCAUUAUUGAUCUCUGAAGAAUCGAAAGAUGCAGGUGCAUGGGUAGUCACUUACAGAUCCCAGGUUUCAUCAACUGAAAGAGAUAUGGAAUCCCUGGAAAUGAAUUCCCCUUUAUGGUUAUUGGAUUACUUGUUUGCGAAUAAUACAAGAUUGAAAGAUCCCGUCAAGUUUACAUUCAUACUUGAACCUGCACCUGGAAGCAACUUGAAGGAAUUGCCUGAAGGCUCCGCUCGUUUGUCCGCUUCCAGAGCAUUGAGAGCCAAGAAGAUAUCGGCAUUCAUAGUUGAUAAAUUAGAAUUGAAUGCCAAUUCACUUCAAUCUUCAAUGUCGAAUUCAAGUUUGAACUUAUCACUAAAGAAGCCUAAUUCUCUGUUAUCUGCUCAGUCUAGGGUGUCAGCUUCUCUUCAAGGUAGAAGAUCGUCCACUACCACAAGCACCGAUGACUCAUCAUCGCAGCAGCAGCAACAACUGCAAGUACCCCCUGAAGAAAUCAUCGAAUUGCUAUGCGGUAAUACCCUUGUCAAUCCGAAAAUCACCUUGGCGACUUUGAAAGCUUAUUAUGGUAGUGGUCCAGAUAUGGUUUUACAUUAUAGGUUCAAGAAAGGUGUUCAAGCGUAG